UUGGCUUGCAUUUUCCAGGUUCCAAAUGCGUCUCCAAGAUCCUCAUUUGAAAAAAGAUCAGCAAACAAACAAAUGAGACUUGCCCCUGAACGUCAUAUCCGCUCCACUCUCUAAAUUUUCGGACCCAAAUUGUGAUUCUUCCAAUCAAAAGUUUUUUCCGACUUCGUAAAGAUAUAUGGGAUUGGAUCGAUCUAAAACCGCGCUGUUCCAUCUGCAUUGUAGGUUAAUAUCUACAUUGGAUAGAUGAAUCUGUUGUCUCGUCGAUUCUCUGUUUCGUUUGAGCUCUCCUUUCAUAUAUCCAAAGCGUGGCACUAUAGCUCUCUGUUCCUCAGUAGUGUGCAGGCAUAGCCAAUCAGAAGGACUGGAGUCCGUGUGUUUAAGAUAGACAUGCAGUUGGAACAAAAAGAACUGGGAAACAGGGGAGUUGACAGCUUAAAUGGUUAUCCUGGUGAUGUUAACCCAAUAGAAGCUUUCAGAGAUUACAAUUUGCUUUCAGGCAGCCGGCAGGAAUCUCUGGUGGAGUGGAUAAAUAGUGUGCUUCCUCACUUAAAUCUGCCUAUAGAAACUUCAGAGGAGGAACUAAGGGCAUUGCUGAGGGAUGGAUCUGUAUUAUGCAGCAUUUUGGACAAGCUGAUUCCUGGUUCAGUGGAAGUAGGAGGUUAUUCCUUGGAUGAGCAAGUAAACAUUAGAAAGUUUCUACAGGCCAUGGAUGAGCUGGGAUUGCCUGGAUUUGAUUUGUCAAGGCUAGAGCAGGGAUCGGUAGGGCCUGUAUUGCAGUACCUUGAGGGUUUGAAAACUCAUUUUGCUUCAAAUGUUAAGAGAGAACAUAUCCAAAAGCUUUCCAGAAAGAGGUGGGAUCAAUCAGAUCUAGCAUACUUGGCCCAUGGGAGUGAAGAGAGGCUAAAAUUUUCUGGUGAUUCAAAUUUCGAACAUGAAGUUGAGGGUUCUGUCCUAUCAGAUGAAGCACAUUAUGUUGGAUCUAAGUCUAAAGAACUCUUACAGUUGAAACGAGGAUGGCAUGUGGAUCUUUCUGAUGAAAAAAUUAUGGAAUUACUCAAAUCAAACAGUUUAGAUAAUGCUUCGACUCAGACGCUUUUUAACAUAGGAAAUAGGAUUAUGGAUGAUAUCUUUGGAAGAAAGAAUGGAGAUGUGCCUCAAUCUCAGCAUGCAGCAUUCCUGUUGAGAAAAAUUCUUCAAGUGAUAGAGUGGCGUUUUUCUAAUCAAGCGGAAAGCCUGAAAAAUCAAAACAGUCUUUUCAAGGUUCGUGAAGGGAAGUACCAACUGAAAAUAAAUGCACUUGAAACUCUGGCAACAGGAACAACUGAAGAGAGUGAGGUUGUCAAAAGUUGGUUACAGCAGUUGAAGUUUGCUCUUCAAGUUGAGAAAACUAAAAUGGAGGAGAAAAACAAACUUGAUGAGCAGGAUGUUGCUCGUUUAAAACAAGAAAAAGUUCAUGCUGAAAUUGAGAUUUCUGCGUUAAAGCAAGAAUUGGAAAUGGUCAAAAAAGCACAUGAAGAGCUCCGUAUGCAAUCAGAAUUAUGUGCUGAAGAAUGCAAAUCUGAAUACGAGAAGAGGAUAUGGGAACUAGAACGUGGUCUUGCUGAUGCAGGGAAUCAAGCCAACAAAUUGGAGGCACUUAUGGAAUCUAAAUCUCUUAGAUGGAAGAACAAAGAGAAUACCUAUCAAAGUUUCAUUAACCACCAAUUCGGAGCAUUCAAGGACUUGAGAGCUGCGAUGGAAUCUGUAAAAGAUGAUGUGCUGAAAACAAAAAGAAGCUACUCAGAAGAAUUCAAGUAUUUGGGGAUGAAGCUCAAGAGUCUAGCUGAAGCUGCUGAAAAUUAUCAUGUAGUUCUAACAGAAAAUCGGAAAUUAUAUAACGAAGUUCAAGACUUGAAAGGAAAUAUCCGGGUAUAUUGUCGAAUAAGACCCUUUCUUCCGGGGCAAAGUCAAAACCAGACAACCAUUGAAUUGAUUGGUGAUAAUGGAGAAUUAGUUGUCAGCAAUCCUCUCAAACAAGGAAAAGAGAGUCGUAAGCUUUUUAAAUUCAACAAGGUUUUUGGUCCAACAGCAAGUCAAGAAGAAGUUUUCAUGGACACCCAACCACUAAUUCGUUCUGUACUUGACGGGUACAAUGUCUGCAUAUUUGCUUAUGGUCAAACUGGCUCAGGAAAGACAUAUACAAUGAGUGGACCUAGCCUAUCGUCAAAAUCAGACUGGGGAGUCAAUUAUCGAGCGCUACAUGAUCUUUUCCAUAUUUCCCAAAGUAGAAAAGGCUCUAUAGUUUAUGAAGUUGGUGUUCAAAUGGUUGAGAUUUAUAAUGAACAAGUUCGUGAUUUACUAUCUACAAAUGGUCCUCAAAAAGUUGGGAUUUGGAAUUCUGCCCAACCAAAUGGGUUGGUUGUUCCUGAUGCAAGCUUGCAUACUGUGAAUUCAAUGACGGAUGUGCUGGAGUUGAUGAACAUUGGACUAAUGAAUCGGGUAACUGGUUCCACAGCCUUAAAUGAAAGAAGUAGCAGAUCACAUAGUGUUCUUACUGUUCAUGUUCGUGGCACGGAUUUGGAGACCAACACUUUAUUGCGUGGAUGUCUACAUCUUGUAGAUCUUGCAGGGAGUGAGAGAGUAGAGCGCUCUGAAGCCACAGGAGAUAGGCUUAAGGAGGCACAACAUAUAAAUAAAUCACUAUCAGCACUUGGAGAUGUGAUUUCUGCUCUAGCACAAAAGAGUCCACAUGUUCCUUAUAGAAAUAGUAAAUUGACUCAACUUCUUCAAAGUUCGUUAGGUGGUCAAGCAAAAACCCUCAUGUUUGUACAGCUUAACCCUGACACUGCUUCGUAUUCUGAAACGAUAAGCACCUUGAAGUUUGCCGUGAGGGUUUCAGGUGUUGAGCUGGGUGCUGCUCGUAGUAAUAGAGAGGGAAGGGAUGUCAAAGAACUCUUAGAACAGGUAACAUCCCUCAAAGAUGCACUUGCUAGGAAGGAUGAAGAGAUUGAGCGGUUGCAGCAGCUCAGGACAAAUCUCAGUGUUGCUAAACGUGGGAUGAUGAGGUAUGCGUCAUCAUCUCCACGGAGACAUUCCACUGGAACUUCGAGGCAUAGCACAAGACUUUCUGGAGCUGGGGCCUUGCGAGUUGGUGAAAAAGCAACUUCUGACAUGGACAACUGCUCAGAGUAUAGUGAUAAGCAUUCGGAAACUGGUUCUCAUCAGUCAAUGGACGAUCUCAGGAACAAGCCCAGUUCCCCCCUGUUCAAAUCAUCCAAAGAAGAUACAAGUCAGAAUGUCAAUGACGACAUUGAUCUCUUGGGAUUUGGAGAGGCAGAUUCUGAAGAGAGAUUAAGUGAUAUAUCUGACGGUGGUCUUUCAAUGGGAACAGAAACUGAUGGUUCAAUCUGCAGCAUUGUGGAGUACACUCUCUUCCCGGAAGCGGAGAAGCCAGCUGAAACUACCCCAAGUAAGAGCACAACAACAGACAACCUGUCAGCUGCAAACAAAGAGAAAUCCACUGUGGCGUCCAAAAUUCCCAAAGCCGCAGAAGUUCUACAAAAGGUACCAACAAGAUCUUCCAGGUUAUCGAUGAAUAGAAGUUCCUCAAAGGUUUCCUCAAGCAUCAAGAAGACGGCUACCGGUAGCUCAACUUCAGUGAAGGCCCCUCCUAAACGAUGGCAAUGAUCAGGAUGCCACUUGGAUUCUCUAGAGUAUUUUUACCGAUGGGAAUUAUUACUAGUACUAGGUGCUUAUUAUUGUCAUCUAUAAUAUAAUCGGAGCAAUGGCUCACGUUGGCUAGAACCUUGUAUUGGAUGAGGCGUUUGCAAACUCUAGCCUGCAAGUAGUUUGUAUGUUAUCAUAGUCAAUGUUUUAGUUUGAAAGCUCCAUCCAACUGUGGCAGCUUUCCCACUCAGCGCCAUUGAUGUACUUUUUUUUCCGGGGCCAUUGAUGAUUGAUGUGCAAUCUCAGCAUUACAAGUUAAAA